CACUACGCCAGAGCAUCAAAGAUUCUCCGAUGGAAAGCCUUUUUUUAAACCCUCAGCACUCCAACGCCGGCCUUCCUGACGUCUCUCCUCUAAUAGGAAAAAUGGAAAUGGCAGGCAAUCAGAUACGGUUCGGUAUUCUAGGAUGCGCCGAGAUAGCCAGGAAGGUCUCCAGGGCGAUAUCCCUCUCUCCAAACGCCACUCUCUUCGCCAUCGGCAGCCGUUCGAUUGACAAGGCCAAGAGAUAUGCGGCUGAGAAUAGCUUCCCUGAGACCGUAAAGGUGUACGGGAGCUAUGAGGCAGUCCUGGAUGACCCGUCCGUGGACGCCGUGUACUUGCCUCUCCCCACGAGCAUGCACGUGCCGUGGGCGGUCUUGGCCGCGGAGAAGAAGAAGCACGUGCUGCUCGAGAAGCCGACCGCCCUGCACGUGUCUUUGCUGGACCGGAUACUGCAAGCGUGUGAGUCGAACGGGGUGCAGUUCAUGGACGGUACGAUGUGGAUGCACAAUCCAAGGACGCACAAGAUGAGGGAGAUGCUUUCCAAUCCCAGCCUCUUCGGAGAGCUCAAAGCGGUCCACAGCAUUUUCGGGUUCUGUGCCAACUCAGAUUUUCUCGAGAAUGACAUCCGUGUGAAGCCAGAUCUUGAUGGGCUUGGGGCUCUAGGUGAUGCUGGGUGGUACUGUAUCCGUUCAAUCUUGUGGGCCGCCAAUUAUGAAUUGCCCAAGACGGUAACUGCACUCCAAGGGCCCGUUUUCAAUAAAGCAGGGGUAGUUCUGUCAUGCGGGGCUUCUUUACUAUGGGAAGAUGGAAAGUCAGCGACCUUCCAGUGCUCGUUCCUGAUGAAUUUGACAAUGGACUUGACUGUUAUUGGAACAAAGGGGACCCUGCAUCUCAACGACUUCAUCAUUCCUUUCAACGAAACCUCGGCAGGUUUCUCAUUGGCCUCGGAAUCAGGAUUUACAGAACUGGUGACAGGCUGGGUGCCAUUGCCUAGCAAUCAUGUUGUCACCACAGAUUUGCCUCAAGAGGCUUUUAUGGUCAAGGAAUUCGCGAGUUUGGUGGGAAAUAUCAGGGACUCCGCUUCUAAGCCAGAUGCGAAAUGGCCCACCAUAAGCAGAAAGACGCAGCUGGUAUUGGACACUGUGAAGGCAUCAAUCGAUCAGGGUUGCGUGUCCAUUGACAUCGUGAGUUAAUUGGUGUUCAUUUAUCCCUUCAUAUGCAUCAUGAACUGGGAUUAUGUUUGUUACUGCUUUAAUAUAUGCGAUAAUGAGGUCUCAAGUCCAACCAUCCACCUAGCGAAUAACUACCAACCUUUCAUGUGUGCGUGAAAUCCAACCCAUGCAAUAGGUUUUCCACAUCAUGAGGAUCACCUUUGGCUAAAAUCAGCCGCAUCCACUCAUUGAAAAGUUUUUUUUUUCCCUAUGGUAUGGCCCACCUGAUGAGUGGAUGAGGCCAAUUUUUACACAAGGCAAUCCUCAUGGUCAGGCCAACAAAUUAGGAAGGGUUGGAUGUGGCACGCAUGGUAGAAUGGAUUUAGUCGCUAGGUGGACUGUAGAUUGUGGUCCAAACCCGUUGGAGUUGAGACCUCUGCAAUGAUUAUGACUAUUGGACUUUAAGGUACAUGGAACUCCUUCGGACUUUUACAAUGUUUAAAUUCUGUUCUUCUGAAUUUGGUUUUUGUGUGGGUUUGUUGUCAGGCUUUUUCCACAGAUUUCUGUAAUGCAUCUUAUUCAUAUAGCAUGUGAGGAGUUAUCGGGGA